AAAAUUUAACGUUGGUUUUUUUUUCACCUAGUAACACUCGAUUCCGUGGACCAAUGAGGCGAUUAAAGAUUUCAUUUUAAAGUUUUUUUCUUUGGUUCUCGUGGUACCCGCUAUACUAAAGUACUGCUAGUCUGGUAGAUUAAUUUCGGGCGAUUCGUGUAAACUUUCUCUUGUAACAAGUUGGUGUGACCGCUCGAUUUGCUGAUGGUCGCAUUGGAUUAUUUAUACGAGGGGAGUUGUAAUUAGGACGAGAUUGUUAAUAUCGGAACGCUUGGAGUUGGAUCAAGGGUCGAAUAUUAAUGGAGUUGUAUUAAAUUAACCGUGUUUUAUUGUUGUUGCGUUAGCUAAUGAUGUCGCUUAAUUAGUAUGUACUAUUGUCGAUUGUGUGCUUUGGCUAUUUGCAUUCUACAGAUGGUUUCCAAGGUAAUUUUGAUAUACACAUAAGUGCUGUAAAAGUUUCCAAUAUAACAGUUGGAAAAUAUGGUUAAAUAUGUAUAUUAUAUGGUCAAUUGUAUGAGUUGAACAAAGAAAAAUUAUUGAAACAUAACACUAGCUAGAGUGAAAGAGUUGUAAUCUCUUUUUUCUUUAUAAGUAUCUAAUGGAAGUUAUAUUUGUUGCACCCAGUUGCAUAGAGUAUAUUGAGUACUUAUUUGCACUUAUCUGUAGACGUUCUAUUAAAUAAACUAUUAAAAAGUUCGUAAUAUGAACAAGUACACAAAUUCAUCAUUUCUCUAUUUUAAUAAGGAAUCUAAAAAUAAUAACUUUCGAUUUUAUAAAAAAAUAGACUCGAUUAAUUUCUUUACACAAACCGAUCAGAAUCCCUAACAAAAACUUUUUCAGGAUUAAAUGUAAAUAUGGCAACGCCGCGAAUUCUCUUCGGCGUUUAACGAUACUGUACGAUGUUAAGUUAAGUUGGUAACGUGUCAAACUGUCAAUUGUCAAAUCAAACUGCCAUAGAAAAGGAAAAGUAGAUUUUUCGUUCCGAUUUUCCAUGCAAAAAAGCGUAGUUCAGCAGGUUGGCGUUGGUGUUGAGCGGCUUUUUUCGCUUUUAUUUCCUUCCGUUUUUCGUUCAUUUUUAUCGAAGACUCCGCCGGCGAUUGUCCACUUUGAUCGGGUUUGCUGAAGAACAAAGAAAAAGAACGCUUUUUAGGUUUAGUAUAGUAAAAUCCACCAUUUUGACUUGAACUAAGGAAGCAUGGAGCCUAGAGGUAAGGGAAGAGCCCGGGGCAGAGCAAGGGGAGGCCCUCCGCAAGGCGCCGAGACCCUAUCUGCCCCCGGAACCAGCCAGGCCACUGCCCAAAAGAGAAUCCGCCCCGGCGAUCCGUGGAGCCGCCCCAUGGGGCCCCAGCAGCCUCCGAAUCCGGCCCUGCAAGCCCAAGCGCCCACGCAGUGGGUCCGGCCCCAAAUGCCCACUCCUACGGCUUCUGUCGGAAGGGGUACUCGGUUGGGUGGCGGCGAUGCUCAUCAAAUGCCAAUGGAGGUUGAACAUGAAGGAGCUGUACGUGCCGGAGGAGACAGCGGGAACACAGCUCAAGUCAGAGGUGGUGGUAACGGAGGAGUCCGAGGCAGGAACUUGCGAAGCGAAAUCAUCCACACCAGACCCAAAGAUCUAGUUACCAAACAAGGUACCGCGGGUAGCAGCAUCAACCUCAUAUCGAACUACUUCGAAAUCAUCCAAGCCGGCAAAUUCGUGCUGCAACAGUACAGGGUCGAUUACAACCCCGAAAUCGAUCACACGCCGAAGAAGAAGUGGCUGUUGCACCAAGCGAUGCGAGAAGUCGUCAAGGGAUAUCUGUUCGACGGCACCGUGCUGUACACGACCGCUCACCUCCAACCCGAUCCGAUGGAGAAGUUCGUGGAUCUCGAAAACGGCGAGAAGGUUCGCAUAACGUUGAGAUCGGUGGGCGAAUUGAAGUGGGGCGACUUCCAUUACAUACAGGUGUUCAACAGGCUCGUGCGCAACCUGUUGGAGUUCAUGGAUUUGAAGAAGAUACAAGACAACUACUUCGAUCCACAGUUGAAGGAAACCAUUCCGGACCACCAGCUGGAACUCUGGCCGGGUUUCUUCACGUCGAUACGCCAACACGAAGGCCAGUUGCUGUUGAAUUGCGAGUUGAAGUUCAAAGUGAUGCGCAUGGACAAUUGCUACGACAUGUUCUUGGAGUGUCGUUCGUCGAGGAACCGUCAGGAGUUCCAAUCGAGGAUCAUCGGUAGCAUCGUGUUGACCUACUACAACAACAAAACCUAUCGCAUCGACGACGUAGACUUCAAUUUGACCCCGAGCAGCACGUUCAAAUUGAAGGACGGCAGGGAGAUUACAUUUGCUCAAUAUUAUAUUGAAAAAUACAACAUUCGCAUACAAGCUAUGAAUCAGCCGCUGUUGAUUUCGAGAAGCAAACCGAAAGAAAUUCGCUCGGGUAUGCCCGAACUGGUGAUACUGGUGCCAGAAUUGUGUACGUUGACAGGAUUGACCGAUAGACAGCGCGAGAACUUCCAAUUGAUGAGAGCCAUGGGCGACAAGACGCGCGUGGGGCCCGCCCAGAGGAUCCGCAAACUGGAAGAAUUCAGCAGCAGGCUGAGGAGAUGCCCCAAGGCCGUGGAGCAAUUGAAAUCGUGGGACAUGAAAUUGGCUGAUACUUUGAUCAGAUUCAAAGGAAGAGUGAUGCCGCCUGAAGCUAUUUUGGGUGGUAACAACGUGAAGCUAUCGUCGGGUCCCAACGCCGAGUGGACCAGGGAAUUGCGAUCGCUGCAGAUGUUCUCUGCGGUGAAAAUACCGAAAUUCGCCGUGGUUUGUCCCGGCAAGUUCGCGAACCAGUGCAGCGAUUUCGUGCAAAUGUUGCAGAGAGUUUCGCGCGGUUUCCAAUGGGACAUCGGCCAGCCGAGGAUCUUCGACAUUCCGGACGAUCGCGCCAAUUCCUACUUGGAGUGCAUCGAGAGCGUCAUCACGAAGAACAAUCCCAACAUGAUCAUGUGCAUCGUACCGAACAACUCGGCCGACCGGUACUCGGCCAUUAAGAAGAAGUGCUGCGUCGAUAGAGGAGUACCUUCGCAAGUCGUACUCUCCAAGCAAUUCUCCUCUAAAGGUGCAAUGUCGAUCGCCACCAAGAUCGCCAUACAAUUGAACUGCAAGGUGGGAGGCGCCCCUUGGUCCGUGAUAAUGCCGCUGUCCAAUUUGAUGGUGGUGGGUUACGACGUGUGCAGGGACACCACGAAGAAGGGCAAAUCCUUCGCCGGAAUGGUGGCCAGUCUCAACAAGCAAAUGACGCGGUACUUUAACCUGACGUCGGAGCAUUCGUUGGAGGAGGAACUGUCGGAGAACAUCGCCGCUUUCUUGAUUCUGGCCUGUCACAAGUACAAGGAGGUGAACGGCACGUUCCCCGAGAGAAUUUUGAUCUACAGAGACGGCGUGGGCGAUGGGCAAAUGGCGUACGUUAUCGAGCACGAGGUGGAGAAUAUCAAGAAGAAAUUAACAAAGGAGAUAUACACGGGUGAUAACUUGAGGUUUACUUUUGUGGUUGUUUCGAAGAGGAUUAAUACGCGGUUCUUUACCCAAGACGGGAAGAACCCGCCUCCGGGAACUGUUGUGGAUGAUGUCGUUACGUUGCCUCAAAGGUACGACUUCUUCAUCGUGAGCCAGUGCGUGAAUCAGGGAUCCGUAUCGCCGACCAGCUACAACGUGAUCAGCGACAACAUGGGCCUGCCGCCAGAGAAGCUGCAGAUUUUGACGUACAAAAUGUGCCAUUUGUACUACAAUUGGUGCGGUACGGUGCGCGUACCGGCCGUGUGCCAAUACGCCCACAAGCUGGCCUUCCUGACCGCCCAAAGUUUGCACAGACCGGCGAACAGGGCGCUCGAAACAGUUUUGUAUUAUUUGUAAGGUCUGAUGCAAAGCCGAAUCUCGCUGUUUUUUUUCUUUUUUUGUUUCGUUUUUUUAUUUUCUGAACGAGCGUUUUGUUUGAACGCUUGGUAAUAAUAAGCCAUUUCGUUUGUUUAUUUCUUUUUUAAGAGUUAAGUGGAUAAUAUUAGUUUUUUUUUAUAUGAAAAAAAGUUACCGUUUUGAAUUGCAUAAAGCAUCGCUUUUUGGGUCGCCAUAUUAGUCUUCCGAACUGAUGGUAUUUAUUAUUAAUUCUACGAAUGUAACCGCUCAUUUUUACGCUAGUUUUAUAGCGUUUCUUCGUUCUUCAUACGUGCACUCGGUGCGUUUACUUAUUUGCUAUUUUCAAAAGAAAAGGAUUGUUAAUUAAUUAAUUUAAGUUUUCUACUACUGAUUUCAUUUUUUUGUUUAAUUACGGCGACACUAAAACUUCGUUUCAGAAUGAUUUCAUUUGCUGGAUUCGUUAUAUAAAUGUAUACAG